GUUCUUCUACGGCCCGGGCGUCCUGCAGACGCCGGACCGCCGCCUCUACCGGCAGCGCGGUGCAUCUAUUUGGAAAGCAGAUGGCGGCCGUUUCUUGGAGGUCCUGGCGCGAGUGCCCCUCGAAACCUUCAUGAAGGAGAAGAAGGCCACCCCCACCAUCGAGAUCGCGGACCAUGCCGGAGACAACGUCCGUGGCAGCUGGGAGUCAUCGACAGCGCUUGCCAACACUCAUUCGCGCGGCCCGAAGCGUGGCGUGCAGGUGCCAGUCUGCUCAAUCGAGCGCAUCAUCUCGGACCACACGGUCGUGAAGAUCGAUGUGGAAGGCUCCAAGCUGCCGCUCCUACCGCAACCUCGCGACCGGAAGCAGGUUCGCUUGCUAAUCUUUGAGUUCUCGGCAGCUCGAUGUCGGAAGCACGCCGUCGGCCCGCUUCCAUUCGUGUUCGUGCUCGAGGCCUCGCACAAGCGGCGGCUUCACGCAUUUGUCCAUCCCAUCAUCUUCAGGUUUAUGGCCGAUGAUGACCAAGCAGAGAUGUGCCGAUGGUCGACGCCGGAGAUGCAAUCCGAGAUGAGCAACCUUCCGGCCCUUUUGAAGGCCAUGCCGUUGCCUCAAAAGAAGGUGUGGCUCGGUGCUGGUGUAGUUUUGGUCCCCUGGUCCUGUGGUCCUCUGGUCCAGUGGUGGUCCUCUGGUGCCUGA